AUACAGGAACUGUAAUGUGGAAUAAAAGCAGUACGCGAGGGGAUACAGCAGCGGCUGCCGCUUUGUUUUGUUAUCUAAAUCGGGUAUAUUUAGGGUAGCUUUCUGUUAUUAAAUGUUUUAGCUAUUAUAUGUUUUAUAAUAUUUGUGCAGAUACCUCAAUGGUCGGAAAAAACAAUGGGGUUUUGACUUUGUCUAUUGAUCCAUAUGGGAGUUUCAGUCGUUUUGGAUUAAAGCUAUAACACUAGUUUAAAACAAUAAAUAAAUAAACAAUGGACUGCAUAAGUCCCAUGCAAAAUAAGAGAAGACACAGUGGAGAGCUCGAACAGUGGCACAACCAGCCGAAAAGGCAGUGUAAUGGACUGGGAGGCUGUGGGCAGGUGGAAUACAGUGUGGUGGAAUCUCCAAUGGACACGUGGGAUGCCCCAAAUCACAGCUCACAAAAUGGACAUGGUGCCAAUGUCCCAGUCAUGCAGGUGUCAAACGCCCCGGGACGAGCAGCAGGACAGCACUGCUCCAGGUGUAUGGCUGGAGAACCUGGCCAUAUAAACCACAUCAUGAGGUAUUGAUCAGCAUUGGCGAUGACUCCUGGAGAAAAUGAAUCGACUGAAUAAAUGGACAAUGCAGAGAAGCGGGUUUAUCCGUACCAUGUGGGUUUAUUUCCCCCGAAUACUUUGUGCCUUUUAUACAUGUUCCAGUACUACAGUAGUACCUAAUAUUGUUUGUAGCAAAUGGAUUUACAAUGCCAAAACCACUCCGGAUGAUGAUGGUUUUUAGAUCACACUGCAUGAAGCGUGUGAACAUUUUGCACUGUCAAUUUUGUAGGAUUGUUUGAUCUCAAAGUCAAUGAAGCUUAAAUAUAUUUAGUCUAUUUUUCAAUAAUAAAAUACACAUUUUUUGUAUUAAAUUCAUGAUAAUGAAUCAAUUUGUUUAAUUUGAUACGUAACUUGAACAGUUCAGUUUGAUUUGGGCACUUAAUAACCUCUAAAUAUGUCAGAUAUUUUUGUAGACAUGUUGUCACUGUCAGGGAUGGGCAGUAUUCGUGAUGCAUGAUAGUAUUUUGCAAUUUGUAUUUGGUAGGGUUUAUAAAAAUGGGUUAAUAUUUUGGAUCAAAAUACUUUAGUGUCUUGUAUUUUUCAUUCAUUCAUUCAUUUUUUUCGGCUUAGUCCCUUAAUUAAUCUGGGGCCACCACAGCGGAAUGAACUGCCAACUUAUCCAGCAUAUGUUUUACCUCCAGUCACAACCCAUCACUGGAAAACACCAUACACACUCAUUCGCACUCAUACACACUUAUAGACUAAGGACAAUUUAGUUUACCCAAUUCACCCAUACACCAUGUCUUUGGACUUGUGGGGGAAACCCGGUGGAAACCCACACCAACACGGGGAGAACAUGCAAACUCCACACAGAAAUGCCAACUGACCUGGGCGGGGCUCAAACCAGCGACCUUCUUGCUGUGAGGCGAUCGUGCUACCCACUGCAUCACCAUGACGCCCCUAAUGUAUUUUUAAAAUACUGUAAAAUACUUUGUAUGAAGUGUACAUGAUGACAUCAUAAAAAUGUGGCCUCUGAUUGGUGCUUUCUCAGCUAUUAGCCUAGGCUUGAGAUCAGAAAAGAAAUUGAUUUAUAUUGAAGAAGUUGGAUAACGUUUGGAGUAUGGAAGGAAAUUAUGCAUCACAUUAUGGCCAUACAGCGACAUGGCGGCGCAGUGGGUAGCACGAUCACCUCACAGCAAGAAAGUCGCUGGUUUGAGCCUUGGCUGGGCUAGUUAGUAUUUCUGUGUGGAGUUUGCAUGUUCUCCUCGUGUUCACGUGGGUUUCCUCCGUGUGCUCCGGUUUCCCCCACAGUCCAAACACAUGCACUAUAGGUGAAUUGGGUAAGCUAAAUUGUCCAUAGUGUAUGUGUGUGAAUGAGUGUGUAUGGGUGUUUCCCAGUGAUGGGUUGCAGCUGGAAGGGCAUUGAAACAUCUGAUGGAUAAGUUGGUGGUUCAUUCCCCUGAGGCGACCCCAGAUUAAUAAAGGGACUAAGCCGAAAAGAAAAUGAAUGAAUGAACUGUGGGGAUACCUACAAUAAUGUAUUGGCUGUGUAAUUGCCAGUUAAAGAAAAGGAAAGAUGUCUGCAUAAAGAUGUCAAAGUGGGACAAAAUAUGAAACGAGUAUUUAAUAAUACAGCAAUCAGUCUAUAGUCAAAAACACUCAACUCGGGUUAUGUGGCAUCAGCAGGACAUACAGUUGAAGUCAGAAUUAUUAACCCCCCUGAAUUAUUAGCCCCCCUGUUUAUUUUUCUCCCCAAUUUCUUUUAAAUAAAGAGAGAAGAUUUUUUUUCAGCACAUUUCUAAACAUAAUUUUAAUAACUCAUUUCUAAUAACUGAUUUAUUUUAUCUUUGCCAUGAUGACAGUAAAUAAUAUUUGACUAGAUAUUUAUCAAGACACUGCUAUACAGCUUAAAGUGACAUUUAAAGGCUUAACUAGGUUAAUUUGGUUAACUAGGCAGGACAGGGUAAUUAGACAAGUUCUAAUGAUGGUUUGUUCUUUAGACUAUCGAAAAAAUAGUAAAAAAAAAAUUAAAACCUGCUUUUAUAAAACAAAUAAGACUUUUUCCAGAAGAAAAAAUAUCAUCAGACAUACUGUGAAAAUUUCCUUGCUCUGUUAAACAUCAUUUGGUAAAUAUUUAAAAAAGAAAAGAAAAAAAUCAAAGGAGGUUUUGAAUAAAAAUGAAACAAGUAAAAAAGAUAUAUGUAGCUACUCAUGUAAAGCAGAAGUAGAGGCAGAGAAUCCACUAAAACUUACUCAGAGAACAGCUGUUGCUAUCAAAAAUUGUUUUCUUCUCGUUUAACAAUGAAGGGAUUGAUUGAAAAUGUAUGGAAGGUUUGCAAGGAAGGUUCAUGCUAAAUUGUAAAAGUAUUUUGUAGUACACUGUAAAACCCAACAGUCAACUUUAUCAAAUGAAAUGAGUGUAGUUAACUCAAAAUUGACUGAAAGUUGAUUCUACUCAUUUGAAAAGAGUUUUGAACUCAAGUGUUGAAGGUAAUGAGUUAAUUUAAUACCUCAUUACUUAAACUUAAUUGGAGUAAGUUCACAGUACUCAUAUAGAUUAGUUUUUUUAACUCAAAUGGUUUGUAUCAAUUGGUUUGAGUUGCCUUAACUUAUUGAGUUUUACAGUACUCAGUUAGUUUAAGUUCUCUUUAUUUAUUGGGUUUUACUGUGCUCAAAUUGCUUCAUUUACUCAAAUGGAUUAAGUUCACAGUACUCAUUUGGAUUAGUUUUUGAACUUAAAUGGUUUGUUGCAAUCGAUUUCCUCAAAUGGUUUGAGUUACCUUAACUUAUUGGGUUUUACAGUGUAUUUUUAAAAUAUUAAAAUACAGUAUUUUAUUUUAUUACAUUUGCUGUAUUUUGUACUUUAUUUUGAUACAUGAGAAAUGGGGGUAUUUGGUAUUUUAUUUUAAAAUACAUUUCAAUGUAUUUUCGCCCAUCCCUGGUCACUGCUUUGUUUAUUCCUUAAUAGAUUUGUCUUGUUGUUGUUUUUUACCUUACAUUGAUUGUAGAAAAGCAUUUCAGUGGAUUCACUGACUGAAUCAAUGUCUCUCCUUCUUAAAGUAUUUUGCAUAAAGACUAAUUUGAUUAAA